AUUAAGCGAACUGUCAAACGUCAGAAUAAUGUGUAAAGUAGAUGGAAUUUAUUUUUCGUAGCUAAUGCAUUGAGGUAAAUUGAUGCAAAAUCUAAUAUCUGCAGUGCCCUUUUUUCAAACAAUAACAACAACAAUAAUAAUAAUAACUAUGCCAGUAUUAUUGAAAAGUGAAACAAAACGAUAAUAAUUACAGACACAAGAAUUACUCAAUAUUAAAACUGAUUGGGCCGAGUUUGUUUUAAACGAUUAUAAUCGAAGUGAUUUAUAAAUUCAUUUUUUUAAAAUAAUUACUUAACAAGAGAAUAAAAUGUCCUUGUUUCGACGUCCUAAGAAACCGGUUGUAAAUCGUCGAGUGUUUAGUGCUGCUGACGAUGAUGACCACAGUGAAAAUUUGGAAAAUGAAAAUAGCGGUCGAAAGAAUGGUGAAGACUGUUCAAAAAUGGAUGUGGACAGUAGAGUGACAACACCUCCUCCACCUUGCAUAAGUGAUUCGCGUAAACAUGACAAAAAGUCGAAAGACGAUAAGAAGACAAGUAGUAAAAAAUCAUCACUACUAAGUUUCGGCCAUGAUGAAGAGGAAGAAACUGAAGUGUUUCAGGUGAAAAAAUCAUCUCAAUCAAAAAAGGUUAUGAAGAUGCUAGACAAAGAGCGGCGCAGGAAAAAACAUCGAGAAAAAGAUUCAUCAACCUCAGUGGCCGAUGAAUUCACGUCGCAUGACAAUUAUGGCAAAACCAACAACGGUUUCAACAACAAAACAAAUGCAUAUGACGUUGUUCGGGCAACGUCAUAUGAAAGAGCUACGUCCAAUAUGGACGAUGGCAACGAUGAUUUGGCCAAUAAAAAACGGUCAAAAUCAUCACAAAUUUCCAAUUCUAGCAUACAUACUGAAAUACGCACUGACGACUUUGUGCUUGUGGUUAAAAAGACGGAAAAUGAAACAGGUCUUGUGUUGAAUGGUCGAGCAGCUCUUUGUGCGGGACGUGAUGAUAUGUCAUCUGAAGAUGAUUCGGAUACGACAAAUGAACACCGUUUCAGACAGCCAGACAGUUUUAAGGCUUUACUUGAGAGUGGUGCCAUUCCGGAUGCACGAAUGAUUCAUGAGGCGCGUAAAAAGAGACAAAAAGCGCGUGAAUUAGGUGAUUUCGUACCGGUUGAAGAGAAUAAACCGGUUGACAAUAAGAAAGGCCGUCUAAUACGUGAAGAAGCCGAAGAUGAUGCAUCAGACGAUGAGCGAGUCGACAUGUCGGCUAUCACUGGGCAAAAAGAGUUGGAAGAGAGACGUGAAAAAUUCUAUUCGGUUCAAGGACAAGGUUCUGAUGAGGAUUCUGAUUUGGACAUGCAUGAAUGGGAGAGUCAGCAAAUUCGGAAGGCCAUAAGUGGUUCGCAGUUAAUAAAUGCACAGCAAGAGGCGUAUUCACAUUUCAUAAUAAGGGAUGGUUCAAAUGAUUCAUCUGCCGGUGUAGUUGCGCAAGUUUCAACUAGAAAUUUAUUGGAGAAAGCUUAUGCAAAUUCAAAUAUUCAGAAAUCGCAAUCCAUCAAAACAAAUCAAAAGUCAGAAAAAAAAUCGGGCCCUCGAAUGCCCAACGAAAUUCGCGACUUGGUUAAAGAGCGACUAAAACAAGUAAAAGAGUUGAAUAACACGCAUUUGAAUCAAAUCCAAAAAAUCACCAACGAUAUGAAUGCAAUCGCAUUAGAAGAACUGGAAUGUGAGCAAAAUGCACCGAUUGUUGCAUCAAAAUAUCGAUUCUAUCAAGAGCUCAAAGGCUAUGUACUGGAUCUGAUUGAAUGUUUUGAUGAAAAACUUCCCAAAAUAAAUGAAUUGGAGCGAAAACAUGUUGCUGCUGUGGUGAAAUAUUCAAAUUUUCUUAUUGAACGUCGACGUCAAGAUGUUCGCGACCAAGCCAGAGAAGUAACCCAGACACAAAAGCCCACUAAUUUGGCAUCAAUGAAUAGUGCAGCUCGAAAGGAAGAAGAACAAAGAGUGCAACGCACUGCUGAGAGAGAAGGGAGAAGAACUCGACGACGAAGAGAUCGUGAACGCAAAGAGACUCCAAAUGACCAUCUCGAUGGUAUGUCUAGUGAUGACGAAAUUCCUGAUCAUGAGAGCACUUUUUAUAAGAACCAAUUGAAACAAAUAAGUGCUGAGGCAACACUGGUGUUCGAAGAUGUCACAGAUGAUUACUCUGAUUUAGGAACAAUUUUGAAGCACUUUGAGGAUUGGCGCAAUCGCGAUCUUGAUUCUUACAAAGAUACUUAUUUCAGUCUUUGCUUACCGAAGAUCAUUGGUCCGAUGUUGAGAUUACAACUGUUGACUUGGAAUCCACUGGAGAAUGAUUGUAAAGAUUUGGAAAAAAUGGAGUGGUAUGAGACCGUUAUGAAGUACGGAUUUAAACCAAACGAAACAGUAGCUCAGUUGUUUGAUGAUCCAGAUAUUCGAUUGGUGCCAACAUUAAUGGAGAAAAUAGCUCUACCAAAAAUAACCGAAUUCAUUGAAAAGGCUUGGGAUCCGCUAUCUUCUACGCAAACACUCCGUUUAGUUACUUUAAUAAAACGAUUGAUUGACUGUUAUCCGUCACUAAAGCCAACGUCCAAAUAUAUGCGAAAUUUAUUUACAAUAAUUUUGGAUAGAAUGAAAGUAUCACUUGAGAACGAUGUAUUCAUACCGAUAUUUCCGAAGCAGUUACAAGAAGCAAAAACAUCAUUUUUCCAACGGCAAUUCAGCAGUGCGUUGAAACUCUUUCGAAAUCUAUUGAGUUGGGAGGGAAUACUUUCUGAUAGUGCCCUAAGGGAAAUAGCCAUAUCGUCUUUGCUUAAUCGAUACUUACUGUCAGCAAUACGGAUAUGUACACCGAUGGAUGCAGCGAACAAAUCACACAUAAUAAUCAACACAUUGCCUUGUGUUUGGCUCCAGCAAAGCUCCAUACUUACCAGUCUGGACUUAUUUAUUCAGUUCUUACGAUCCCUGAUGACCCAACUAGAGACCGAUAAUCCUUUGCAUAGCGGAGCGAUUAUGAAAACGAAGCAAAUUUUCGAGACGCUUCGAUUACCAAUGACGCCGUCUAAUUGAAUAUUAAAACUAUGAAUUUUUGAACAAUAUGUUAAUGUAUCGACCGUAAUGUGGAAAUAAAUUUAUUUUACAAAUUCACAUAAAA